AUGGUUGAAUCAAUAACUGCGGAACAUAAUCAUCACUUAACAUUGGAAAUUGUAAAUAAAAAUACACUAACUAACGAUAUACAAGAUAAUACAGUUAACAUCGCAGCGAGUAUGAUGAAUCGAUCGGUAAACACUCAAAUGACUAUUAACAAUACUCCAGGGUUGGAUACAAUAUUGUCUUCCACUACUGCUGCUACCACCACUACCGCACAACAAACAUCACUUCAAUCACAUCAUUCGCCUCAAGAAUCCUCAUCUUCAACAUCACCAUCGCUGCCGCCUCCUCCUCCUCCUGUUUCAUUACCACCUUCAUUACCACUGACGUUACCAUUAUCAUCAUCCAUCACUACAUUAGAAGCAACAACAACAAUCAAUGCUAAUACUGUUGAUGCAGAAUUAAUUAACAAUACUCCAGUUGUUUCUAACUCAUGGAAUUUGGCCCCAGAUGGCACAGAAAAUAUUCCAGUAACUAAUCCUCAAAUGAAUUUGAUUGAUAUAGGCGAUCAUCCUGUUCACGAGACAAAUAUUAAGAAAACACCGAAAUCAUCAACAAAUGAUGUUAUAGAACAAUCAUCUUCACAAAUACAAACACAACAAGUGCAGAACCAGCAACAACAUCAUUAUUCACAACCUAUAACAACUUCUACAGAUAUUUAUAAUAUUAGAAAUCAAAUACCUGAAAAUAUAUCGCCCAGAAAAAAUUCUUUAAACAUUGGCACAAACCUACAACAAUCUUCACAAAUUCAAAAUCCAACAACGAUUAGUUUACCAACAAGAAUGAAACAAACUGAUUUACAUUUUAUUGUUGAUUCAUCAGAUUCUACCGGCUCGCCUUUUUAUAAUCAUGUCGAGUCUUCUCCGACAGUAACUUACAACAAUAUGCCGAUAGAUCAAUUAUACAUAGUAUUGGGGAGACUUCAAUUUCCAAAUUUAAGUAAAGAACAACUUAUUGCAAAAAUUGAAUCUUUCGAAAGUCAAGAUAGUGAUAAAAGAACUUCAAGAUCACGGUCAACUUCUUCUACAUCUUCCUCCUCCACUGUCAAAUCAAAAAUCUCACAAUUUUCAUCCUCUGAUAUAAAAAAAACCAAAAAUAAACGUUUAAGGAAAUCAGAUGAUAUCAAAGAUGGAAUCAAUUCAAAUUUAAUCGCCACAGGCACUUCUUUUGAUCAAAUGGAAGCAAUAGACUCUAGAAUGGGAAACACUCAGGAUAAUCAAGAUUCCGAGAAAAAUGAAGUUCAUCGAUGUAUGUGGAGAGAUUGUUCAAAAGUAUAUACUACUUUGGAAUUAUUAAUUGCUCACGUUGGUGACACGCAUAUUGGUAGUGGCAAGUCAACGUAUUUGUGUGACUGGGAAGGAUGUACAAGAAACUUAAGACCGUUUACAAAAAGGCACAAGAUGUGUAAUCAUUUAAGAACACAUACAGGGGAAAGACCAUAUGCUUGCAAUGUUAAUGGUUGUGGCAAAAAAUUCUCAAGGCCUGAUUCUUUAACAACCCACAAAAAAACCCAUUCAAACCAUCGGCCAUAUGUUUGUCAACAUAAAGGUUGUAGUAAAGCAUAUUAUCACUCGAGAUCUCUUCGUAAACAUGAAAAAUCUCAUGAAACGCCACGCACAUUACAUCCUUUACCAACUCCUGUUCAUCCUCGUACUGCCACUCCUCCAACUCAAAAUAAUGGUGAGCCAUACAGAGAAAAUGUCAUUGUUCCUUCUGAAAUUCCCAAUCCAUUUGCUAUUUAUUUGGCUUUUUGA